AAAGAAAGAUCAAAAAGAAAAUAUUAAAAUGGCGGACAAUGAUGUUGAUUCUAUUAUUGCAAAUUUAUUUACACCUGAUGAAACUAAUUGGACACCGUCACAGAAAAUCCCUGUUAUAUUGAAAGAAAUUGAAAAAGCCAAAGCUGAAAUGAAAGUAUUUUUGAACAAUAAUGAUUUUGAUGUAGCAGCCGUUUUGAAAGAGGGAAAUGAAUUGUGUGCUGAAAGCCAGGGUCUAGUCCAAGAAAUGGAAGCUUGUAAACAAGAAAUAGAAACGGUUACUAUGGCUGAAAUUCUGAAGUCUAUAGAGAGUCAUGAUUUGAUUGCUAAGGAACUAGAAUCAGUGACGUUUGCGUACAGUAUAGUUAAUGAUAUUAUUAACUGUGGGAAAUAUUUAAAGGAAUUUGAAGAAGGAAAGGAAGUUCAGAGCUUUACUAGAGCUGUGGAAGCUGUAUAUGAUUUACUUAUGUAUAUAGAAAAUCCAUCAGAGGGUUUCGAUCAGUUGGAAAUAUAUAGCAAUGCAAAAGUUACUGGCCAGUUGAUUUUAGAAAAUAUAGUCAGAGAUUUAUUCUUGGAAUGGGACAGAAUGGUUUGUUUCAAUUCCAGGACUGAUGAUAGGAAUUGUACCACAGUCACCAUAACAUUGACUCUGAAUGAAUCUUUGUUAAGCAUAGAUGUGUUAAACGCUUUAGACAAAUGUAAGAAACUGGAUGAACGUGUUGAUGAAUUGGCACAGUUUAUUAUGAAAGAGGUUCUUAUACCAUUCAUGCAUGAGUAUUGCCUGACUUAUUCAGAAACCGAUGAUGUAACUGUUGUUACAGUGUCGAUAGAACAUAAGAAAGAUUAUGUACCAACUUAUGAGGAAGUUAUAACAAACAUUAGAUUAUUCUUCCAUUAUUUAAGCCAAAAGUUAAAUGUAGAGUUUAAGAGGUCUACGACACUGAUGAGUUUGAUUGGACGUCAGCUCCGUGACGAAUUCACGGAAAUGAUUGUUAAAGAUGUUUUCAUUCAUACAGUGCCCAAUAAUAUUACUGAUUUGCAAGCUUACAACUCAGUGACAUCAGUAAUACACAGUUUUCAACAGUUCUUAUCGUCAGUGUACUUUUAUCCUGAGAAGGGCUACUCUUUGUUAAAUUAUAUGAAUAAUAUUGACUAUCUUUUCGCCGAUCGAUCUAGCCAGUAUUUUCUAGAAACCGCUAGAAGUAUAAUGUUGAAGGAUUUAAGUGUAUCAAUGUCGAUAGGCGUGGAAAAGAUUCCUGAAGGUGGUAGAUUACGGAGACUAAGCAAUGGCGAUUAUAAUGAAGCAGUGACUAUUCUGGACACGACAAUGCCAAACAGUCUGUUCUAUUUCCCGAGGUGUAUGAUAUCCAAGACUGCGCAGGAGUUAUUAGAUCUUGUAUAUGGGUUGAUGGAACAGGCAGUUCAGUGUACAGAUGUUGUUUGCAGAAAGCUUUAUAAUACAGCAAGGUUGAUUUUCGAGUUGUACGAUGCUGUGGUUCCGUACCAUCAUGAGAAUUUCCUACUCACAAUUCCACAAUAUGUGGCUCUCUUCCACAACAACUGCAUGUACUUAGCGCACAACUUGCAAACGCUUGGUGACAAAUGGCUCAACCUCAUGGAGGGGUGCGAGGUUUCAUAUGCAAUUAGCUUCGUGGACCUCGUGCAGAAGAUGAGGGACCUCGGCUACAAGUAUCUCACCAUGCAGAUGCAACAGCAGAGGAAACAGAUAUUGGAUAAUAUACGGACUUCUGAUCUUAACUGUAUCGUAGCAAAGGAUGUACUAAACGAGAAUGCGGAGGCAGCUGUUCGCCAGUGUUUGCGACAGUUACAGAUAUUGAAGAAUGUCUGGAUCGGAGUAUUUCCCGCGAAUGUAUUUACAAGAUUAAUGGCAACAUUGGUGAACAUGUUCUUGGACGAAUUAAUCCAUCGCGUGUGCACAGUGGAGGACAUCUCUGUAGAGAUGGCAACACAGCUCACUGACAUGUACAACCUCGUUGUGCAGAAGACACCACAGCUGUUUCACAAACCAGCAGACGUCGAAAGUCAUGUGCAGCCUUGGCCAAAGUUCAAAGAGUUGAUCUUCGUACUUGGGGCUUCACUGAGAGACCUCGAGAGCCACUGGAACGACGGCACUGGACCACUGGCAGUCCACUUCAAGACGGAGGAGCUAAGGAAUCUUAUCAAAGCACUGUUCCAAAAUACACAAUACCGCGCAAAUUUCCUGUCGAAAAUUAAAUAGUUGUCUAUGGUUCAUGUAUUCAAUGUUUAAAUUAAAUGUGUUUAAUAGUUGGAA